GCAUGUAAUUAUGAGGAAUGUUUAGAAAUCCAUCUGCCUGAGAGCGUUACUUGCAAAGUUGCAGUAGCGUCGGCCUUCUCUGUGGGUUUUGUAGCACGGGUUGUAUAAAACCUUUUCUAUAGGUUCAAAAAAAGUGCAAUUAUGCCGAAAAGAAAGUCUCCAGAAGGCACUGAAGGCAAAGAUUCAUCAAAAGUGAAUAAGCACGAACCAAAAGAGCCUACAAGAAGGUCUGCAAGGAUAUCUGCUAAGCCAGCCCCCCCAAAGCCAGACUCCAAACCGAAGAAACCAGCAGCCAAGAAAGAAGUAGCUGCUGCAAAGGGUAAAAAAGGUGCCAAGGGAAAGAAGGAAGACAAACCAGAAGCGACUCCUGCUGAAAAUGGAGAAACUAAAUCUGAAGAGGCACAGAAGACUGAAGAUGACAAAUGAAACUUCUGCAAUGGGACACUAGUUGAUUUUAUGUACCUCCUGUAAAGUUUUAAAGAAGAAUAUUUUUAUCAAGUAUUUUGUAAAUGCAGUUUUUAACUGUAGCAAAUAGCCUCACAUCUACAGAAACUCAACGUUGGACAGAACUUGAAGAAAACAGUUGUGCUCUUAAUUUAAUAUGCCACUGGAUGGAAAUGUUUACCACUGGACAAAAAGAUGAGUGACUGGACUGCAAUAUUUCCCCUAAAAACUGUUUGUAAAUGACCCCAUUUAGUGUGUGAAUUUAUUUUUUGUUCAUUUUUUUUACUGUGCAUAUUAUCACGGUUUUUGAUGAACCGAUCUGUGGUGCUUUGUAUUAAACGUGUGUUAAAAUUUU